AUGUUCUUAUUUGAGACAUCACCUAUACUGAAGCAUAUCUCAUCAAAAAUUGAUGCUACAAACAAGCUUGUUAUACCUGGAGGUAUUGAUACACACACACAUUGUCAGAUGCCCUUUAUGGGAACCAAGGCAGUGGAUGAUUUUUAUAUUGGUACUAAAGCUGGUUUGGUUGGAGGCACUACCAUGAUUAUCGACUUUGUGAUUCCGCAAAAAGGAGAAUCUCUGGUUGCAGCAUACAAACAAUGGAGAGAAUGGGCUGAUGCGAAGGUGUGUUGUGAUUAUGCAUUGCAUAUGGCGGUUACACACUGGGAUGAUAAUGUGAGACAAGAGAUGAAGCAGAUGGUGGGUGAGGAGUUUGGAAUCAACUCCUUCAAGGUCUUCAUGGCGUACAAGGAUGUUAUAAUGCUAGAGGAUAAUGAAAUUAUUGAAUGUUUUAAGGUAAAUUGCAGUGCAGUACAACUAUUAAUGCGCAUGUAUUUCGAAUGGAAACCUAAAAUAUUGUAUUAUUGUUUAGGACCUGAAGGACAUCCUUUAUCCCGACCUGAAGAGGUGGAAGAGGAAGCUACAAUGAGAGCUUGCUUAAUCGCUGGUCAAACUAAGUGCCCUCUCUACAUUGUUCAUGUAAUGGGGAAAUCUGCUGCAAAUAUCAUUCUACAAAAACGAAAGGAUGGGAUUGUUAUUUUCGGUGAACCUAUAGCUGCUAGCUUGGCUGUGGAUGGCAGCCAUUAUUAUCACACCUGUUGGAAACAUGCCGCGGCAUAUGUACUCUCUCCUCCACUCAGAGAGGAUGUAACGACUCCAAAUUAUUUGAUGGAGUUGCUAGCACGAGGGGAUCUGGAUUGUACAGGCACGGAUAACUGUACUUUCUCAUCUGCACAGAAGGCUGCCGGCAUUAAUGAUUUUACAAAGAUCCCUAACGGUGUGAACGGACUUGAGGACAGGAUGAGUGUUAUCUGGGAGAAGGGAGUUGCUUCAGGUUUGAUGACUCCUGAAAGGUUUGUUGCUGUAACUUCUACAACGGCUGCCAAGAUCUUUAAUAUUUAUCCUAAAAAAGGUGUGAUAGCUCCUGGGUCUGAUGCUGAUAUUGUAAUCUGGAAUCCAAAUCAAACCCGAACAAUUUCAGCUGAAACCCAUCAUCAUGCCGUGGAUUUCAAUAUCUUCGAAGGAAUGGAGGUGCAUGGUGUAGCUGAAUGGGUCCUGACAGGAGGUCGGAUAGUAGUAGAAGAGGGUCAGCUCAAGAUGGCGAAGGGGGCGGGCAAGUUUGUGCCCACCCCACCUUUCUCACCAUAUGUUUACGAUAGAGUUCGCUUGACGGAGGAAGAGCAGGCGAGGAAAUGGGUCCCGGUCUUUAGAUCAGAAGAGGACAUGUAUGUUGACAUGAACUCAGGACCUACUCCUCCAGCUGAGGAUGGAAAUACAUCUACAAAUGUGCAUGAUUCAAGCUUCUCUCUGGAACAGCAUGCAUCUCCCAGAGUUAAUGAGGAGAAAGAAAGGAAACCGGCCAUAGAUUCCAAACCACAGAUCAGAGUUAGAAAUCCACCAGGGGGGAAAUCUUCUAUCUUCUUCUAGGAUAGAAAUCCACAGGGGGAAAUCUUCUAUCUUCUUCUAGGAUAGAAAUCCACCAGGGGGGAAAUCUUCUAUCUUCUUCUAGGAUAGAAAUCCACCAGGGGGAAAACUUCUAUCUUCUUCUAGGAUAGAAAUUCACCAGGGGGAAAUCUUCUAUCUUCUUCAUAGGACAGAAUUCCACCAGGGGGGAAAUCUUCUAUCUUCUUCUAGGAUAGAAAUCCAACUGGGGGAAAUCUAAUAUAUUUUUCUAGGAUAGAAAUCCACCAGGGGGAAAUAUUCUUUCUUUGUCUUGGAUAGAAAUCCACCAGGGGAAAAUCUUCUAUCUUUUUUUAAAAAUUAAUAAUCCCCCAAAGAGGAAAGCUUCUAUCUUCUUUUCCCCCGAAAUAAAAAUAUUCUUUUUUCAAAAUCUUCCAAGGAGAGACAUCUUCUACUUAAAUGGGAAUAUUUCUAGCAAAAUUAAUCUUUCAUCCAUAUUUCUAAAGAAAAUUAUCUAUUUUUGUUUUUUACGAAUAUAACAUAUUCCAUAUAAAUGAGGCGUUAACAUAUAAUCUUUAAUAAAUUUUAAUGAUAAAAUUU